GAGUGUCAGUUUCACAUGGGGUCUGGUGAGGGGAGCGCGUUUUCGGAGAGGGAAACACUCCGCAGAAAGCAGGCAUCCACCCUUCCAAGAAACCAUGGCCACCCCUGAAAGAACAGUCGUGGGCCUGCAAAAAUCAGCCAUUUUCCGCAAGCAUAAUUUUGUGGAGACCCGAUACGCAAACCUCGGCACAGCAGGACAGACCAGUUACACUCGUCGACUAGCCUUCUGCAAGGUGGAGGGUCAGCGAAGACCAGGAAUUAUCUACAUACCGGGAUAUUUCGCGCCGAUGAACAUUGCCAAGGCGAAUAUUUUGGAGGCUUUCUGCAUCAGGACUGGACGACCGUUUGUAAAGUACGAUGCCGAAGGAGUCGGUCAGUCCGUCAUCCCAGACGCAGAGGAGGUCUCCUUCACAAAGUGGUUCGAAGAUGCGUGUUACGUGGUGGAACACCUGACAGAUGGACCUCAAAUGCUGGUGUCCUCCAGUAAUGGAGCAUGGAUGGCCCUGCUGAUGGCCUCCAGAUACCCGGAUAGAAUCCACAGCACGCUCAUGAUCGGUCCCGGCGUCAAUCAGUGUAUGGACGAUGACAUUUACGAGGGCAUUCUAGCGUCACUGGACAAAGAGACGGCCGCACGGGUACGCGCCGGUAAACCGAUGCGUUUCAAAGCCAACUGGGUGGGGGAGGUGACCGGAUCAAAGAAGUUCCUGGAUGAGAUGAAGGCGUUCCGCAUCACCAAUGAACAGCUGCACAACAUCAAGUGUCCCGUGCGGAUUGUCCAUGCCACUGAUGACUCGUCCGUUCUCUGGGACAACUCAGUACGCCUGAUGGACAUCAUCGGUCACCAGGACGUGCGGAUGUACCUGAAGAAGCGCGGUGACCACCGUAUGCUGGCCGACGAGGAUCUGCACCUGCUGCUGAUUGCCGUGCUGGAGCUGCUGGAUAGUUACCCGGUGCCUGAUGGACCUCCUGCUCCUCCGAGUCCUCUGACGGUGUCGCUGAGAGAGCUGAGGGGGGCGGGGGUGAUUGGAGAGAGCAGGGAGAGGGAGAUGAGAGAGGAGGGAGUGGGCGGCGAGAGAGAGCAGAAGAGCAAGCUGUAGAUCAAGCAAGCUGUAGAUCAAGCAGGCUGUAGAUCAAGCAAGCUGUAGAUCAAGCAAGCUGUAGAUCAAGCAAGCUGUAGAUCAAGCAAGCUGUAGAUCAAGCAAGCUGUAGAUCAAGCAAGCUGUAGAUCAAGCAAGCUGUAGAUCAAGCAAGCUGUAGAUGCAGCAAGCUCCUCUUUCACGUCUGUGUGAAAGGGGAGAAAAGCAAGCUAUAGACGCAACUCCAGUGCAACUAAUCAUUGACGAGAGAAGGCCAAACACAAGAUGUGCAAGGCUCGUCAAUUGCUCGAGAAAGAAGUGAACACGGGUAUGAACUUGAGUAGUGUCGUGAGUAGGAAUGGGGACCGGACCGGUCUAUGUGACUGCAUUCAGCAGGCCGAGAGGACGUAUCCAAGAGCCUGCUUGGCGAGAGCAGGCGGCACAAUAUUCGUAGGGGAUCGAUUGGAUAAGUGCAGGCUGAAGUGCGGGAGUGAAUAGGAAGAAGGGUGAAGAGAUGAGUGACUGGAUGUGCUGGCGAGUUAACCCGCGCCCUG